UUGGGUAGUCAAAAAACCGGAAAGCAUGGCUGCUGUUGCAAAUGCUGAAAAUUCGUCUGAUAGAAAAAAAUAUAAGAGUUGCCUGUUAAUGCAAUUAUAAGGAUUCAGUCUUAAAACUGGAGUUAUGUCCUGCUCAAAACAUUUAUAAUGCCUGCUUGACAUGAAAAAGUUACGGAAAAACGAAAUCCCAUAACCUUCUACAAGCACUUUUGUCAACAAAACACAAAUGAACAAUAGAUUAUUAAUAACUUUGUGAUGAUUGUGCAGUUAUAUGUGUUUUAAUGAUCUGUUAAAAAUGACAGACGUCCAAAUAGAAGGGGCGGUCCCUUUAUUGGAUCCUAGUUCACUGAAGGUAGAGAAUAGCACAAAUAACAAUCAAAAUGGCCUGGAGACCGAAGCUGAAGAAGCUGAGGAUGACACUCCAUGUAUUGACAUCAUUAUAAACAAUGUAGUGUGUACUUUUAGUACAAGAUGUCAUUUGAACUUGAGAACUGUGGCGAUGGAAGGUGUUAAUGUAGAGUACAAAAGAGAACAGGGUAUGUGCAAUAUGAGGAUAAGGAGACCAUACACAACUGCCAGUAUUUGGUCUUCAGGAAAGAUAACUUGUACAGGUGCUACCAGUGAACCAUAUGCAAAAAUAGCUGCCAGAAAAUUUGCCAGACAAUUACAAAGGAUAGGUUUUGAUGUCAAGUUUACUAAUUUUAAAGUUGUAAAUGUACUAGGAACAUGUUCUAUGCCAUUUAAAAUCAAAGUGGCAGAUAUGGCGAGAAAAUAUCCAAGAGAAGUCAGUUAUGAACCAGAACUGCAUCCUGGGGCAACAUACAGAAUAAAAGAACCAAAGGCCACCCUGAAAAUCUUUACUACUGGAAGUAUAACUGUUACAGCUCCAUGUGUUGACAAUGUACAGUCUGCUAUUGAACAUAUUUUUCCUUUGGUUGCUGAGUUUAAAGCAGUUAAAAGUGAAGUAAAUGCCGAACUUCUAAUGAAAGAAGCCAAAUUUAUUCAGAAACACCGAGUGAUCAAACCAAAACGUCCAAUCACUAAAUUUGAAGAAGACUUAGAGUAUGAAGAUUCAAGUGAAGAAGAUUUUGAUAGUGAGGAAGACCAGGAUUAAAAGAGUUGAAAUUCAUUUAUGACAGUAGAAGUCAAUCAUUUCUGUUGCUUUCUUAAACAAUAAACAAAGAAAUAAGCAUUACUGAUUUAAAAACUUUGAGGUUGAUAGAUUAUACAUGUGUAUAUUGAUAUUGUUGAAUUGUGGGUGUUUGUUAAUGUUGGAUAUUUUUGUGUCAUUUAUCGCUGCAAUAAUAUAUAUAUAUAUAAACCUGCAAAUCUAUAGACUGUUAGGAGGGACUUCUACCUCAUGGACAAUAAUUUUAACGGAAAUGUUUCAUGGUUAAUAUUGUAAAAUCUUUUAAAGCUUCUGAAUAUAUUAAACAUCAUAAAAGUCAUAAUAAAGAUAUAAUGAGUUUCACAUUUUUCAAGAUUAAUAAUUUUGGCUGUCUUAUCUUUGUUCUUGCAUGUACCUGAUAAAAGUAUGUAAAGGCCACAUUUACAGUAUACCUCUUGAUUGAAUUUUGGUGUCUGAAAUCCCCUUUGAGCACUAUUAGCCAGUGGCGGAUCCAGAAAUUUUCAUAAGUGGGGGCCUGCUCCAGUCACACUUCAGUGAUUCCCUAUAUAAGCAACCAAAUUUUUUCCCAAAAAGGGGAGGCCCCCGGGCCCCCCUGAAUCUGCCUCUGUUAGCUAUUUUAUGGCCCCUCUCUUUAUUAGUGGGGGAAGCUGGAGAGAAUUACUGACAUUUGGCAUGAAGAUGGGCAGUCCUAGUCAAUUAAGAUUAAAAAGUAAAAUCUAAUGGCUUUUGUUGUGUAAAUUGUUGUUCUAUAGUCUGCUAUUUUUUUCCAAAAAAUAAAACUCAAAACUCAUUAAUUAUCUUUUUUUGUUUAAUUCCGGUCUUUAUAAAUGUCCUAGACUUGUUACUAUUUUAUGAAAGGCUAUGUAUCUACAGAUAUUAUUUGAUAUAUUAUUGACAUAGAUUGUCCAUAAAUAAGAUUGAGUACUACAGUGAAUUAUUUGGGAAGUUCUACCCCUUUAACAAUACAAAUUAGUAUUUAUAAUAGUAUAUUUUUUGUAUGAGAUUUUUGUCUAGGAAUUGUAAUAUGUUUUGUAGAUGAUCCGCUUUUUUAUAAAAAAAAUAUGAUGGGUAUUAAUAUCACACAUCAAAUUACAUUGUUAGUAUCAUGAUUACAUUACAUUGUUGGUGUCAUGCAUUAUAUUACAUUGAUACUUGUCAUGCAUUACAUUGUUGUUAUGUAUCAUGCAUUACAUUACAUUGUUAUUAUCACACAUCACAUUAUCAUUGCAUUUAUGAGGCUCAAUAAAGGGGGGAAAUUGUUAAUAACAAACCUUAAAUUUUUGUCAUUGUAAUCAAAUUAUAAAAACAUCCUUUCUAAUAUAAAGCUUGGUAUCAGGAUCUGGUAAUUAAAAAAAAAAUCUUUUUUUAUAUAUAUUUUUUAUAUCAAAUUACAAAAAACAGAUAAUUACUGUAAUCAAAAUAUUUUUCUUCUCCAAUAUCACUUAUAGAUAGAUAUAUGGACUGUUCCGAAAGUAAUCCUGGUGGGAGUAUGGGAGGCACAAAUUCAUGGAGGGAUGUUUCAUUUUCUUAAGAAUUUUUAAAGUAUUAAAAGAAAUAAAAAAAAAGAUUAUUCUAUGGGUUGUAGGAGUCCAAAUAAGUGCCUUUCAUGCCUCUCAAUGUGUUUUAUUCUGGAACAGCCCUAUAAGGGCCAAAUUCAAUGUCUUGUAUAAAUCAAAUAAGUUUGAAUCUGAUAUUAUUGCAUAACAAUACAAUAUUUCCAAGAGAAAGUAACCAAAAGUUAGCAUGCAAUAAAUUUUAUUAUUGCACUAGUGCAAUAAAUCUUUAAAAAUUCAUGACGUCAUUAACGACAAAAUCUUAGUUUAACCCUAUUUUUACUUUCAAAUAUUAUAUUGCUAUACAAUAAAAGGGUUAUUGCAUGGAUCAUAGAACAUAUAUUGCACUCGCAAGCUUGUGCAAUAUAAAAUUCUACUCUGAACAAUAUUCCCCAAUAUUCAUGCAAUAACCCUAUAAUAUUAGCAUAAGAUGAUUUGUUUACUGUUGUCAGGUAAUGAUAAACUCCACCAAAGGCCUCAUUUAUUCAUGUGGCAUUAUUAUGUUCGCCCAUUCCAUGAUUAAGAUGUUCUUGGGGAAGUAGGGGUUUUCUGAUAUUGGCUGGGUGCAAUCAUUCUUUUGCUUUUCCAUUGUCCGAGUUGAUAUUAUACAAAAACAAGUUUAUUAGAUACUGUUUUCCUACUUGGGCAAAUUAGUCAAAUUUAACUGAAGUUAUUGCAUUACUUUUUUGUGUUCGUUCUUGUCUUUUGAUCGUUAGUUUUUAAAUUGUAAAGAUGCCUUCAUGAAGAGAGAUGUUACCAAUGCUACAUUUUACAUCAUUGUGGAUUAAGUUCUGUAGUUGUGUGGAUUACUGUGUCUCAUGUAACUCCACAAAUGUAGAUCACUGCUAUAUCUAACAUCAUUGUGGAUUUACCACAAGUUCUGUAGUUAUGUGGAUUACUGUGUGUCUCAUUUAACUCCACAAAUGUAGAUCCCUGCUACAUCUAACAUCAUUGUGGAUUUACCACAAGUUCUGUAGUUAUGUGGAUUACUGUGUGUCUCAUUUAUCUCCACAAAUGUUAUUCACUGCUACAUCUUGCACAUCAUUGUGGAUUAAUCACAAGUUCUGUUGUGAUGUGGAUUAAUGUGUCUCACUUAAUCUUUUUAUUAACUCUUGGAACCAAAAGAUUAAUAACCUUUAAUGAUUUCAGUAAGAAACAUUCACUUGUGCUGUUGUUACAUCAUCUACAUUUAUGUCAGGUAUAUUUUCCUGAAUUGCUUUUAUUUUUUAUGGAUGUUUGUUAAAUAGUCAAUGAUCUGGGUUUUGUUGUAAUUUUCAAAGUAUACACAAUCCUUUUCCAUAAUACCUGUAUUUUUUUGUGCUUAAAAAUAUAUGGUUAGAACUGGUAAAUACUGUUUUGGAUACCCUACAAUGUCAGGGUUAUUGGAUACCCUAUAAUGUCAGGGUUUUGGAUGGCGGACAGGUAAUGUUUACCUCUUUAUCAGAGAAUUUACCAGUAAGCUGUUACCAGGCCUCUAUCUUUCCAAAAUUGUUACAUAUGUUUAAGUGGUUUCAUAACAAAGUAAGUUUACAAAAAUUCUUUGUUAUUUAAAGUUGUUGUUUUUAUGUUCACUUUAAAUUAUCUAAUUAUAAUUUAUAUAAGGUAGAGAGUAACCUUGGAUUUAAAUGAUAUAAAUUAUAUACCAAUCGUUUCAAUUGUACAGAUACAAGUAAAAAUCAGGUUGUACAGUUUGAAAACUUAACUAUGCAAAAAAUGGUAAAAUUUAUUUAUACCUUGGAAUUCAAACAAUUAAGAAGUAUUAUCUUAUUAUUUCAAAGAUCUGCCAUGUACAAAUUUGACACAAAUUUUGUAAAGUAUCACCUCAUUUAAGAAUCAGGCUGUGUAUUCCUCUUCUGAUUUAUGAAUAUCUGUAGACUUUUGUAAUAAGGCAGAUUGAAAUAGUUCCUUAUUAUAUAAAAAGAGUAAGUUCGGUAAGGGCUGAUUUUGGCCUCAAAUUUCAGGUUCAGCUAACGAAAGAUUUUGGACAUUUUUUAAACACUUAUAAAGUGUGUAUUUCAUUUGAUUCAAUUAAUAAUAUGAAACAUUUUUACUAAUUUAGUCAUUUAAGAAUGAUCCAAUUCAAUCUCAAAUAUAAAAAAAUCUACCAAAUAUGCCUAAAAUGUCACUUUUCAGAUGGC